AUGCUUGUUUACCAAGGACAGCCAAAAGCCAACCCUGAUGGAAUUGAAUCGGUCACGGCCAUUCUUCCAACAAAGGCCGAAGCUGGAGCGCCAUGCAUCGUUCUAUGGCGCAAAGCCACCACGGCAUCGACCAAUUCAAAAGCUGCGAGCAGGGAACCACCCAAUUUUGGAAAUUUCGAAGCAAUUCUAGAAAAGGGCGACGACAAGAAUACCAAGUUCAAGUCGGCCGCAUCCAACUUGGAACUAGACUUCACUGGAGAUCAUAAAACCGUGUCUCUCAGCUUCCAGCCUACUCAUGGCGGCCAAAUCCAAAACACAAAGCUGACCUUAGCUCUAGGAGACCCGUUCAAGACUCACUCGCCCCAAUCUGAGGCAUCCAUCUUUGGCGGGCCCGUCAUCAUCCAGAACAAGGGCCGUGAGAAUCUCAUUGCUCUAGUUCUAUGUGAGAAAGAUGAAAAGGGAUCCCAAAAGCCAAUCAGCGUCUUGAUUGAAUGGGGUGCAGAGGUUGCCAUGGCCGAGAUACCUCUAAGAGUUCAAACUUGCCAAAGCAAAGACAAGGACACCAUUCCCGACCAUGACGAAAAUCUUUGCUUCAGCUUGAACAGCCGCCAGCACCAUUUCCACGGGAUGGUGAGGCGCCCGCGUCGUUCUUCUCCAGAGCUGUUACUGCAAAUUCGCCCUCUGCCUAAUGCUCAGUCUAAUGCCAAAUCUGAUGAGAAAUCCGAUGAGCCAGCAGCUUGGCAGACAACGCAGAGCUAUCCUUCCAUCGGCAAAUACAACGACUCCAUGCACACCAUUGUGCGCCGAUCCGCUGAAGCUCGCCACACAAGAGUGUGGAACGACACUGCCGAUAACGACAAAGGCAUUGCGCCAUCACUUGUAACUGUCACUAUCCAAGAGAGUGGUGCAGCAAAUGACACAUACAACAAGGGCAUGGCGGCUGCAGGCCUCUUCGUCGCUCUCCUAGGAGUUGCUGCUUGUGCUGCGCCGCCAUCUCUGAGCUCAGUUGGGUGGGCAGUUGGCAUUGUGGGAAUGCUUCUUGCUGGCAAAUCAGGGCAUGACAACUUUCACGAAGAUCCUGGCAAGUCCAUUACCAAGGUGCUUUACCCGAGAGAUCGCAUUUGUCGACGCGCUGUUGGAAGUGGUGGUAAUGAGAUUCUCAUGUACCGAGCCUAUAUGGAAGGGCAUGUGCUGAAGAUUACGAAAUACUUCAGGCCAUCUGCCGGAGUCGGUAUAAUUAGGGUCUCGAAUAUCAUCAAUAGCCCCCCGCCUCCGCAGGGAUCAUGGCAGGUGGAAGAAAUGUUUUCUUUUCAGUUUGCCGAGCCCCAAAUUAUCAAUCUUUACCGCUAUAUCAAAAUCCGUGGGUUGGUUCCCACGGGUAAUAACGAGAGUGGCUCGGGGCUCCCCAGCCAUGGGCUCCCUUCUGCAGGCUCAUUCGUUUGGUUCGAUACCAAUGGAAAGUUUCUGAAGUUUUAUGAAGCAAAAAGAGAACAAGGCGGGAAGGGUGCAGAGCCUAUUACUCGUUUUGGGUUUGGAUUGUUCGACCCAAAGAACGAUAACAAGGCUAUUAGGCAUAAUGUCAUGUCACUGGUCCAGGGAACCAGCACCCAGCUGAGCGCCAACAUUGCAGUUCUCAACUUGGACGACGAUCACGGCACUCCGGUAGUGACUAUGCAUAACUGGAAAGCCAGCGAUUUGGAUUGGGUCGCGAAAGCUGACAAACAGGAGGAUGUUUUGGACUUUAUCCAAAAGAACCGGAGAAAUUGGAACUGGGGAUACCAGUGGGAUAGUAAGAGUGGUGAUAUCUAUAUCAUUGAUUCGCCCUUUCAUUACAGAGAGGACUUUAUGACUCAGCAUGAGGGCACUCAUCUAUUCCUUCCAGUCAGCAAUAAAGACUGGACAUAUACAUCAAUGGUUGUGAAGGACCCCAAAGCACCGUCAUCGCGCAAAUGA